AGCGUUCUCUUACUCUGCAGCCUGUCUGUUGUUUUGUGUGCAUGUGGAAGCAAAAGGUGCUCAUCUUUUAACAAAGAUCCGCAACGCUUUCAGCGUGUGUGAGAUAAACCGUUUGAAGUGAUGUGAAAAAUUCAGAUUGCACUUUCACUCGCACUAAUGAGAGGGAGAUAUUUUUAUGUAGCAGAAAGGAGUUGUUCUGUUGAGCCAAAAGCAGCUUCUGCCACUCUCCCUGUCUUUGUUCUACCAAACCCAGCUUUCUUGGCUGCUUCAUAUCACUUAGUUAACUAGUUUGAGUUAAAUAAAGCGAGGAUGUCCACCGACUGCCGGAAGACAAGUGCCACGGCCAUCCCGUCGAGCAGAAGGGUGAACAUCGACAACGCGGAUCACAUUCCCCACGAUUAUUCCACCACCCCCGGGGGGACUCUGUUUAGCACCACACCUGGAGGUACCCGGAUCAUCUAUGAUCGAAAGUUCCUGCUAGAGUGUCGCAGCUCUCCAUUGGCCAGAACCCCUCCCCGAGGUUUGCCCCCCAUCCCAGGGGUCACCAGCCCUGCUUCCAAAGAACCCAAUGAGAAGACCAUCAAUGGAGAGGUGGAGAACAAACACUCCAUUACUGCUCCUGAUAUGAGCAAUACCGGGGAUGAAGCACAGUUUGAAAUGGACAUCUAGGCGAAGCUGAACGAGUACUGAAGCGUGACUGAUGAUCAGGAGCAACUUUAUUUCAAUCUUUGUCUCUGGCAGAUUUACCUUCAUCAUCACUUUGUUUUCAACGUUUCAACAUCCGCCCUUUUGCUCAUGUGAUUGUUUUGCACAGAAAAAUAAUUUUAUUUUAUUUUUUGUCUGCUUCAGGGCUCAAUCCUUUUUUUUUUUUUUUACAUGUGAAAGUGUGCCUUCCUGUAGUCGCUGCAGUAAGAACAAAAGAGUCACCUCUGAAGGUACCUAAGACCAACAAUGCCUCAUCCAUGACGUAAAUCUAGAUCCAAUCCUCUGAAUAAACAUUCACUCCAGGAGAGCUUGUUGCUCAGUGUGCUUUCAUAAUCCUGCCAGCUCUCUCUAGAUCUCUAAAUCUCCUCUACCUGAAGUGUUACAUAACCAAUGUGAAGCUGACUUUCUUUUGAUCUUACAAAACAGUUUUUUUCACGGUUUGUGGGGUGAAUAAAGGAAACACAAAUGAACCUUUUCUCUUUUG